AUGGAUUUGGAAAUUGCAGGGAUGAUAGGAAGAUUUUCAGAUGCCAUGAGCCAUGGCAGGAUAUCUGAAGUGGCAUCUUUGGUGAAAGCUGAGAGGAGCAGAGUGGAAAGCAUGAUGGUUCAUGUGGCGGUCACUGGGACCCCUAGAGUGGGGAAGUCUACAUUCAUUAAUUCCAUCAUGGGUUUCAAGGAUGGCGAAGAUGGUGCAGCACCCACUGGCCCCACCCAUCAGGUGACAAAGCCAGCACCUUACAGCCGGCCAGGAAGCCCCAGCUCUGUGUUCUGGGAGCUGCCCAGCAUUCGGGGACCCAGCUUCUCGUCCAGCGACUACCUGAAGGCAGUGGAGGUCGACAAGUACGUCGGCUUCUUCAUCCUGUCAUCAAUGUGGUUCACGUGGGAGGCUGCAGCCCUUGCCAGCGAGCUCAGGCGGGUCGGAAAGCAGUUCUACUUCAUCCGCACCAAGAUUGACUUGGGCCCUCCUGGCUACAGGGACAAGAAGUUCGUUGAGGACGUCCUGAAUGUUUUCACCAUCGGCCACUUUGCAAACCUGGACAUUGAAUACACAACUGCUCACUUCUUCUGUGUCUCCUGCCACCAUGUUGACAGGUUCGACUUUCUGGAGUGCAUCCAGGCUCUGCAGAGAAAUUCCUCACCUCCACUCCAGAAACACGCCCUGCUGCUCUCCCUGUACUACCUGGCCAACAAGAUGGAGCUGAAGGACUCCAUGAGGGAGUUCAUUCCACUGUCAGCAGUCUACAGCUGCAUUAUCGACCCUGUCCCAGUUGAGCAGCUGCCUUACCAGGCCAAUGUCCACUUUCUGUACAAUGAGAUCCGGCUUUACCGUGUCCUGUUCGAGCUGGACUACCCGGCCUUGAGCAAAAGGGCCAAGCUGAUUCACCGGCCGACCUUUGUCCUCUCGGAUGAGAUCCAGACCACUAUGGCGCGGGCGCUGACGGAGAAGGGUGUCUCGGAGGAGCUGCUGAAGUGGACGGAGAUAAACGUGCCAGUCUCCCACAGCUACGUGAAGUGGAUUCCCUUCCUCGAGACCCUGCCCGGAGGGAAGCUGUCUGCAGCUUCCAUCAUCCGCUUGUUGGAUACCAUGCUACAGAAGUUUAUGGAUGAUGCCUACCGGAUUCAGAGGAAAAUGGAGGAUGUACUGAAGGGUGAAUAA